UUGACCCAAACCAAACGCUCUCUCUCUCCUCCCUCUUUCGCUCUCACACGGUGAACAGCGCCGCUCCUCCUCUCGCAUUCCUCGCUUCUCCGGCGAUCUAACCACCGCCGUCGGCCUCCAAUUCAGCCUCCGACCAUUUGUGCGCCUCCGCCUUCUCCAUCAGCAGCAACGCCGCCAGUCCCCCCUCCACUCCACCCCCAUUUUGGAUUUCCUCAUCUGCUCCGCAAACAAAACCGCAAGUUCAGGCGAUGUUUUCUUAUGAGUCACAGGGGCGGUGCUUAUGAUUUUUUCAUUCACAUUUGAUGAAUCUCCAUGAACAGAGUAGCAUGUUUACAGAGAUGACAUUGGGAGAAGAUAUGUAUGGGAUCGGGAUCAAGGACGAGGCGUUCAUGAUUGAUUUUGAUCUGGACAUUGGCAAAUUGUCUGCUUCUCCACGACCUUAUGAGUCCUCUUUUGUGGCAGUUGAUAUACCAUCUUUGAGCAUGGUUGAAUCAGAAGUUUCAGGUUCUGAUCUUCUUUCACCUUUUGAUUCCUUCUGUGCUCAUGAGUCUCUCGAGCAAAAGGACUGUGUAGCACCGGGAACCAAUGCUGAUGCUGUAGAUUUAGUUGGUCAAGCUUACUCGUCUAUACAAUGCCCAUCCGAUGGAAAUGAUACUACUGGCCUUGAUGCUUCGGACUUAGCUGUUGUUCCGGAGCCAUCUGUACAAGGAGAUGGUGAAGCUAAUAAGGUUGUGGUUGGUACUGACAAAACCUGCACGCCCAGUCAUUCCUUAAUUGUAUAUACAUCUUCUCGUAGGCGGAGUGCACGCAAUACUAAAUCAGGUCAGAUUAACGAGUCCCCAAGUUCAUCUAAAUGUAGAAGAGCAGUUAACAAAAGCUCGGAAUUUGAUCUAAGUUUCUUUCCAGUAACAAGAAGAAGUAGAAGUUUAUCUACGAACCGAGCUCGAUCUUCUGUUUGGGGAGAUCUGGGUAAUAUCUUACCAGAUAUUGAUCAAAGCAGUGUGUUUGAGAAAAGUUUAGGUAAUGAGCGAAAACUAAGACGUGAGAAAGGCGGGAAAGGAAAAAGAAAGGGUACGAGAGAUCAGAUAGGUAAAAAAUCAAUACAGAAAAGUUUGGUUGUCACUGGUCAUAUUUCAUUAAAGGUUAAGAUUGGAAAUAAAUUGUGUACUCCUGGGAAUGUUACUGAAAGUUUUAGUGCAUCAGGAAAAGAUAUUUCUGGACUGGUUGAUACAAACAACAAGUUGGGAGAGGAAGUCCCAAGAGACUUUUCAGCACCAUGUGAAAGGGAUUUAAAGAAGGUCAUGUCAUCUGAUGGUUCUGCUUUAAACACACACCUUAAGGUCAAGGGUACUCUGUAUAACCAAUCCCUUGAUACUUCAAGUAACUUCCAUGAGAUCAGAAGUCUGGAGGAGGUUGAUAACUCUCGAACAUUGACUGAAAUACAGCGUUCUGAUGUUGGAACCUCGCCUGAUUCAGAAGUUAUAAAUUCUAUUCCUGAUGUUUCUCUUUGUGAAAAAGGUUUACUAGAUGUACAAGAUGGUUCAAUUUUGUCCAAGGCACAUUCCUCUUCAAUGGACAACAUAUCCAAUUUGAUUUUAUUACCUAAGCACUCCAAGAAAGGAAAGAAAAAGGUCAAGCACCAUCAGGCCGACAAUUGUGUGUUGGGUAGCAAACUAAGUAGUGUGGGUACCAGAAAUAAUUCUACAGAAGAACGUGUUUCUUUUAAAGAUGUUUCUUGUUUGUGCCCAUCACGAGCUGAACCAUAUUUAAAUGGUGAAGACACGAAGCCUUGCUCAAACUCACCAGUCUGUGACACGUUGAUACCUUGCAGCAAUGGUGCAAAAUUUCACAAAUGCUCUAGUGCUACUGCUAAGGGAAGGAGCAAGGGCAGGUCUAGAAAUUUUCCCAAUGAGAAAGAAGCAGCAUCUAAAAAGAAGGGAAAUAAAAACAGUUUAGAUAGAAAUGAAGCACCAUAUGAUGUUGGAGGAACUGGAGCAUUUAGCAAUGGAGUAACUGGACCAAUUAACACAGAGAAAUCUUCAAUUAAUGGAGUGAGAGAGAAAUAUGACCCACCUAGGAAUGCAUGGGUACUUUGUGAUAAGUGCCAAAAAUGGCGGCGGAUACAAGCGGCUCUUGCUGAUCAAAUUGAAGAAACUAACUGUGGAUGGACUUGCCAAGAUAACGCCGAUAAAGCCUAUGCUGACUGCUCAAUUCCUCAAGAGAAGUCAAAUUCAGACAUUAAUGAAGAACUGGAAAUAUCUGAUCGCUCUUGUGACGAAGAUGCUUCUGGAACUUUUCGGAAGCUUAAUCAAGACAGACCAAAGGUUGCUCUGCAGUCAUCGUGGACACUUAUUAAGUCAAACACGUUUUUGCAUCGAAGCCGCAAAACUCAAACCAUUGAUGAGGUAAUGGUUUGCCACUGUAAAACUCCAUCAGAUGGAAGAAUGGGUUGUGGAGAUAAAUGUUUGAACCGGAUGCUUAAUAUUGAGUGUGUCCAGGGAACUUGUCCAUGUGGUGAACUUUGUUCAAAUCAACAGUUUCAAAGGCGCAAAUAUUCUAAACUGAAGUGGUUCAGGUGCGGAAAGAAAGGCUAUGGUCUUCAGGCGCUUGAAGACAUGCCUCAUGGGCAGUUCCUGAUAGAAUAUGUUGGAGAGGUACUUGAUGUGCAUGCAUAUGAAGCAAGACAAAGAGAGUAUGGCAUGAGGGGUCAUAAACAUUUCUAUUUCAUGACAUUGAAUGGGAGUGAGGUGAUCGAUGCAUCUGCUAAAGGGAAUCUGGGCCGGUUUAUAAAUCACAGCUGUGACCCUAACUGCCGCACUGAAAAGUGGAUGGUGAAUGGGGAGGUUUGCAUUGGACUGUUUACUCUGAGAGAUAUAAAAAAGGGGGAAGAGGUUACAUUCGAUUACAACUUUGUACGUGUUUUUGGGGCUGCUGCCAAAAAAUGUGAAUGUGGCUCAGCUAAUUGUCGGGGCUAUAUUGGUGGUGAUCUAACGAACUCAGAAGUAAUUGCUCAGGAUGAUUCAGAUGAUGAAUAUGCAGAACCAGUAAUGACUUGUGAAGGAGAUAUGAGUGAAGAUUGGAAUGAAAUAGUAUUAAACAACUCGAAAGAUGAAAUUGCUAACGAACUACCUGAAAGCAUCUAUAGUAUGGAGAAAUGUGUCGGUGCUGUUGGUGAGAGCUUAAUAACAUCACACACUUCUGACACUUCACCUCAAAUAGAUGAAGGUGUUGACCCUGCACAGGCAGAAAUCAGGGUUGACGAUGGGAUUGGUGUGUACGAUUCUAUUGGUAACAAUUUUGCUGCUAAUGUUGUGGAGAAGUUGAAUUACAAUAAAACUAUGGGCGAGUUCUUGAAACGAUAUACACCGGUAGGUUGUAAGGUUGAAUGUGAAGGCAUAGCAUCCCAGAUGCGAGAGUCUUCCCAAAUCAAGGAUAUUAACUCAGAAUUGGAUGGUAUUGUAAACAAGUCCAUGUCUUCUACUCACAAAACAACGAUUAGCGUACCUCAUAGCAAAUCAUUGUCCGAUAAAGUUGAGGGAAAUAGGAAUUUAAAGUAUCCUACUGUGGAAGGCAGGGAUGAACUAGCAAAGUCCAAGUGUCUCACCAAGACUAAACGCUUGUUCACAUUAAUUAAGAAAGGGAAACCUAAAUUGAAUGCUUUGAAGGACAAACUAUCUCCGGAUGUGAAUAAGUUAAGUGCAGAACUGCAGAAAUCCAAAAAAUUGUCAAAAGUUUCUUUAAGCCAUCAUCUUGAAGCAGUAGAAGGAAAGCUGAACGAACUACUUGACCCUGAAGGAGGAAUAAGCAAGCGAAAAGAUUCAUCAAGAGGUUACUUGAAACUUCUUUUUCUAACUGCUGCAACUGGGAACAAUGGCCAUGGCGAAGCUAUUCAGAGCAAUAGAGAUCUUUCAAUGAUUUUGGAUGCACUCUUGAAGACAAAAUCUCGGACAGUUCUGGUUGAUAUUAUAGAUAAAAAUGGUUUGCAUAUGUUGCACAACAUUUUGAAGCGAUACAGGAAAGAGUUCAUCAAAACUCCAAUCUUGCGCAAGCUUCUUAAGGUACUGGAGUAUCUAGCAACACGAGAGAUUUUAACAUUGGAGCACAUAACUGGAGGUCCUGCUUGUCCAGGAGUCGAGAGCUUUAAAGAUUCAGUAUUGACUCUGACAGAACAUGCUGACAAACAGGUCCAUCAAAUUGCACGUAACUUCAGGGAUAAGUGGAUUCCUAGAUCCUUACGGAAAACUUGCUGCAUGGAGAGAGAGAAUGCAGUGUUUGAAUAUCAGCAGCCUACAAGCCAUGGAGGUUUAUUGACAUCAUAUGAUCAUUGGAGUGAUAGAGGGAGAAAACCAACAGAAGCCACACACUCUAUUGAAACACAUCCAGUUACUGCUUCUGGCACAGCAGAGACUUCUACUCCUGAGCUCUCAGCUUCAGGUAGUAGCUGCAGAACCAGUGAGCCAAAGACGCGCAAGCGCAAGAGUCGGUGGGAUGAGCCUGCGGAGCACCCACAAUCAAGAUGUACGAACACUUUGGUAGGUGAUGACAAGCAUAAGGGCGAUGAGGAUAUCCCUCCUGGGUUUGGAACUCCUUGCAACGGCCCUAUGAUUCCAUCCAAUGCUCCUCCAACUGCUCCUGAUCACCAAGAAAGGGGGGUGCAAAUGAAGCAGCAGUCCCUUAAUAUUGUAUUGGGUCAACAACAUUUGAGGUUCAGUGCUCGUAUGCCGGUCACCUAUGGAGUUCCCUAUUCUGUCAUGCAGCAGUUUGAAGUCCCACAAGCAGAAGUUACUGAUGGUUGGACUACAGCUCCAGGUGUGCCAUUCCAUCCAUUUCCACCUCUGCCUCCUUGUGCCCCUGUUGCACUUGUUCGAUCAACAUCUGCUAGAUGUGCAUCAUCAAGUGCACCUACAGAAACAGCUGGACAAUCUAGUGAUACUUGUUUGACCUAUCAAACUUACCAACAAAACACAAAGACAUGCAGCUCAGAUUCAUCACAUGUCUCAGUUGCAAUUGGCCGCCCAGAUCUCCAGCAAGGAGGUUCUUGUAACUUGGGAAGGAAUUUUUUCAGGCAGCAAAAGUUUACUCAUUCGAAGCUCCCACCAUGGGUUCGAAUGAGAAAUAGUCGGGGUUCUGCUGGGAACAUUGCCAGAAGUGGUUUCUGAGGAGUAGAUGUAGCAAACUCAGAGGACUGUAGGAGAGAUUUUUUAUGUGAAAUUCAUUGGUAUUUGUUUUGGAAAAUCAGCCUUAAUUAUAGGAGCUGUUGAAAAACCAUCUGGUUCUCCUUUUUGAUGUAUUACAAUUCUUUGCUCACAUUCUGACAAAGGUGCAUUAUUCUUUUGUUGCUUCAGCUUUA